AUGCAGGAUUUUAACCCAGAUUGGCCAUAUAUCAAUGAUGAUGAGCGUUAUGCAUAUCCACUGUAUAAGAAGCAUCCAUUCUGCUACAUUUGUUGCAACCGUCUUUCAUGCCGCCCGUCAGAGUACUCUCCUAGUCGAGACGCCUACUCCAAGCCAAAUGCUGGUAGAAUCUCUCGUACUCAGCCCGUGAGAAAGAUGAUUUUUACACCUUCACUUUUCCUGGAUGGCGCACCCUGUACCGGCUCAUCAUGUUUAACCCUAAAACGCGAUGCUACAGGAUAUCCGGGAUCGCUCAGAAUUACUAUCCGUGUAGCACUUUCACGCUCCGUGGAAUGA